AUGGCUUUGAUCAAAAGCAACGCCUUCUUUACUUCUUUGCUUAUUCUUGUAGCACUUUUUGGAAUUUCCGUUGGAGGAACCGUUCACAAAGUUGGUGACUCCGACGGAUGGACGAUUAUGAGCGUCAACUACGAGACAUGGGCAUCUACAAUAACUUUUCAAGUUGGAGACUCUUUGGUCUUCAAAUACAACAAAGACUUCCACGACGUCACCGAAGUCACUCACAAUGAUUACGAGAUGUGUGAACCGUCCAAACCGCUAGCAAGAUACGAGACCGGGUCUGAUAUCGUCAUUCUAACCAAACCGGGACUCCAACACUUCAUAUGCGGAUUUCCUGGUCACUGUGACAUGGGACAAAAGCUUCAAAUCCAUGUAUUACCAGCCUCAUUGGGACCUGUCGCUGCUCCGGUUCCUGGACCCGUCCGACCACCAAGCUCUUUUUCGUCUCCUUCACAGUCUCCGUUGGCUGAGUCACCGGUUAAUCAUGCUCCAGUACAGUAUCAGAUGGGACCAUCACCAGCUCCACAUAGUGCAGCUUCAAACUCUAAUGUUUGGAUUGGACUCUGCUUCCUUCCUUUACUUUCUUUGCUCAUCUUAGUUUGA